GUCGGCGGCGGCGGCAGUCGUUCUCCAGACAGAGGAUACUCCGCCAGCCAUCCUGCUAGACGUCGUCUGGCCAAGCUCGGAUUUGUUUGUUUUUUCGUUCGCAUUCGCAAAGUGUUUGUGAAAUACAUCCAGAGACAAUUUUGGUUUUCUAGCAAAAGGCGAUGAUUUUGACAUUUCGAAGAUGGUGUUGGAAUUCGUGCUGCGAAAGCAGCCCUCGACGGAUCGCCCAAAAGAACAAAUUCCUUCCAUAUGUUGUGAGUCUCGUGGCCAUGAAGCUGACAGUCAUGAUGCUGCUAGCGUCCAAUAAGCGCGGUCAUCCACAAAGAAUGGGAACCGCUCUGUCAGCCGAUUCUUCAUUGGCGGUAACGGCGGUGGACGCGGUAGGCGAAGAGGAGAUGAAGAACCGACGCUAUUGGCAAAUGUUGGAAAAUUUGGAGGAAGCGGAUAUUGAGGGAACAGGAAUCAACCGCACAUCACCAUCCUCUAUAUGGUUAAUAUACAAUCGCGUUCCCAGAUGCGGUGGACUUACCAUGGUUUUCCUGAUGAAGGAAUUAGCUAAAGUUAACCGAUUCGCUCAUCAACGACAUCAGUACAGAACGCCUUGGAACAGAUUGUUAAUUGAAGAAGAAAUGAAGAACUUGGUCACAUGGUUUGAAUAUCAACAUCAGGCAAAAAGCUAUGACCGCCAUUUUCUUCAUGUUAAUUUCACGCGAUUUCAACGGUACACGAAAAAUCUAAGACCAACUUACAUCAAUAUUGUACGCGAUCCAGCUGAACGCGAAUACUCGGCUUUUCGCGGAAGAAGGUCACAGGAUCCACUUCAAAUCACCCAAGAGAUUAAACGGAGGGAUGCCGCAGGAGCUGGAACGGGAAUGGAAUGGUACACAAAAUCCUUUGACGACUGCAUUCUUGAUGAGGAUCCUGAAUGUGCCUUCAAUUCUUCAGAGUACACCUUCAGCCGGGCAAUUCCAUAUUUUUGCGGGCAGGAUCCACGAUGCCUGGUUCCACGCAGCAGGUGGGCAUUACAACGAGCGAAAUUCAUUAUCGAACACGAAUACUCGGUGGUGGGAAUCCUUGACAAGAUGAACGAGACGCUCCAGGUCCUCGAGCGUUACAUUCCACGCUUCUUUGCUGGCUCUUCGAAGAUCUACUACAGCAGAGGUUACGGCCGGCGGCAUGAGAACCGUUACAUCAAGAGUAAGCCGUCCCUAAGCGAGAAGGUGUUGGCAAAAUUGAGAGAUUCACUGUCGGAUGAGUACGAAUUGUACGAUUUUUGCCAGCAGCGAUUGUAUCAUCAGUACCAAGAAACCAUCAACACACAUUAGAAGUGGAAACCCUGCGUCGAGCUGCAAUCACAACACAGAAUAUGCUUUGACUAAAAAAUUAAAAAAAAAAAAUGGAAGUUUUACAUUAAGGAGCCUUCGGAGAGCGAACAAUAAUUCUUCCCU